AGCGGCGCUGGCGCGGUGUCCGCGCGGCGCGGCCAUGCCGGGCAGGAAGUCUUCCAAGGAGAAGAAGCGGCGCCGCUCGCGUUCAUGCUGCCCGGAGGGAGCCCCGGGGCCGAACGGCAGCGACAGGAAGCGGCGGAGCACCGAGUCCAGCCACGGUGCCCUGGAGGAAACAAAAUGCAAUGUACUCUCUGGAGAAAAAGUGGAAGAAGCUGAACAACCCAGUGAUAUAGAAGAAGGAGGAUUAGAUCUCACUGUGUCACUCAAACCUGUCAGUUUCUACAUUGGGGACAAAAAGGAAAUGCUUCAACAGUGUUUCUGUGUCAUAGGGGAGAAGAAACUACAGAAGAUGCUGCCUGAUACUUUAAAGAACUGUUCCAUGGAUGAAAUCAAAAGACUUUGCAUGGAGCAGUUGGAGCUGUUAUCGGAAAAAAAACUGUUGAAGAUACUUGAAGGCAAGAUUGGAGCUGAUUCUGAUACUGACGAGGAGGCAGAUGGAGGAGACAAGACUGGAGGUGAUUCAGUCAGUCAACAGGACAACAGUAUAGACUCAACUUCUUCUCUGAGAGAAGACAGCAAGCUGGAAGGUCAGGAAUCAAAGCAAGGCAAGGGAGAAGAUAGUGAUGUCCUCAGCAUAAAUGCAGAUGCAUAUGAUAGUGACAUAGAAGGCCCAUGCAAUGAAGAGGAUGGUCCCGAUGUGCAAGAGAGCACUGUCAGAAGUGGAUCUGGCCAGAUAGAUGACCUUCAGAAGGACAUUGAGAAGAGUGUGAAUGAGAUUCUGGGAUUGGCAGAGUCCAGCCCGAAGGAGCCCAAAGCAGCAACCUUAGCUGUUCCUCCAUCAGAAGAUGUUCAGCCAUCAGCCCAACAGCUGGAGCUUCUGGAACUCGAGAUGAGGGCCAGAGCUAUUAAGGCUCUGAUGAAAGCUGGUGAUGUAAAGAAACAUGCAUGAGACUGUUCAGAUUUCAUUUUCACUAUUUGUUUCAAAGAAGGUGAUAUCUCUUCUCUUCAGUGCUGUGUUUGGGUUGGGUGUGACAUUCCUUAUUCAAACUGUAUUGUGUAUCCUGACCUGUGGUUCAUUGGUUUUGUUGCCUUUAGUGUGCUGCUUCCAUGACAUGCACAAACAGUGGUUGAUGCUUGUGGGAACUCAGCACAUCACUCCGGAUGUCCAGAGUCGCUGCAGACCCCCCCCAAGGGGUUCGGAGUUCCUGGCAUGGUGCCCGGAACACCUGGUGGCUUGAUUUUGAUCCUUCUAGUGAAUUGCCAACUUGGUAUGGGGAUUUGAAAAUCACACGAGUUUGAAUGGUGUAUUUACAGAGUGCACACAGGCUGAAAAUGUAGAUUUUAGGAUUUUUGGUAUAGGGGUUAUGGGGACAAGAUGGAGGGAUGAGGACAUGUCUUGUCCUUCUUCUUUCUUCUUCUUGUUCUCCAUUUUCUAGUGUGAUGUUGGCACUUGGGGAUUGGUUUAGAGUAGAAGUGCAUUGUUUAACAUAGGUGAUAGGUAUUGGGAAUUAAAGGUAAAUAUGAUGUACGUAGUUUGCAGUAUAAAAAAGACGACACCACCUCGGGGGCGGUCAGAGUGCUUGUGGCUGCCUUACUGAACAGAUCUCAGCUGGGCAGAGAGAAAACUUUGUAGAUAAGAGGUAAUAAACAACCCGAAGACCGAACAUCGAAGAGUCCUGUCUCAUUCUUAAGAGCGCGGUGCCACUUCAGGACCACCCGAUGUAUCUCGGAGCAGAGAUCAAAGCAGCCGACCCGAGAGAUGCUUCCCUGAGAUGAGAUGUCCUUGUGCUGCGUCACUUCCUCAGGGAGUCACACCACAUAUGGAGCUGUGCCAGUUACCUGGUGCCUUCCAGAAAGGUUGUUGUAGAAACAUAGAAUCAUUGAAUGGUUAGAGUAGGAAGAAAUUUGAGACUGCUUAAUUCUUCUUGGGGCCCAUCUCAUCAUAAUAUAGGUAUUCUAAUUACAAUGUGAUGCUUUCUGUAAAAGCAUACUCAGUUUUUAAAAUUUGAAUUCCUGAAGGGAAGGAUUUUUACCUUUCAAAUAAACAGUUGAACAUGUUAUUUUUAGAGUUAUGAAAGUGCCUGAAAGAGACAGAGCAGAGUUUAUUACACUGCCAUGUAGUUUUGUCACUUUUCUCCACUCUUAUCUUUUGUAUUAUAACUGAAGAAAACAGAGUUUCUUCCUAACUGGAAAGCUUUUCUUUUGAAUAUUUGGCAUAAUAUUUAACAAAUCAAACAGUUCAGAAGACCUUGAGCUUUUAACAUUCAAUUGAUGUGGUCAUUUCAUGUCCCCUGAAAGUAAGAAAAUCCACCUAAUUUCAGUAUGCUUUUUUAGAAAAGGCAUUUAAUUUAUUUGUGAGGUUUUAAAAUAUAAAUUCUAUUUUUAUCCAUUUCAAGGUAUUCCUUUAUAAAUAAAUUGAAUUUCAGAAUUAAUUUCGAUGCUAUAAUAUCUUACAACAAUUAUUUUAAUUUUUUUUUACAACUAAUGCUGGUUAAAAUAUUUGUGUGUUGGUUUACACAUGCAGACCUCAAUUUUUUUCUUUAAAGGUAUGAAGUUUACAAUUGUACUGUUUGUUAAGUAAAAUAAUGUAUUAUGUAUUUUUGUUCAUGAUUUUUCCUUGGUUGUUACUUAGAAAGCUGGUUACAUGCUUUGCAACAGUAGCAGACAUAAUUUCCCCUACUAUUGUGUAAUAUUACUGCAAACUUUAGUCUAUUCAGAUAUUAUGUCUUGAAUUCUUUCAAGGUUUAUAAUUUUCUUUUUAUUCUUCCAUUUUAUCCCUUUUCUUCCUUCUCCUUAUUCCCUUUCUUUUUUACCAGUUUCCUUUUAAACCCUUUUCUGUAGAAAGCUUCUUGUAUAUUUCUUAAGUAUGAUUGAUUUCCUCUACAACCAAAAUUAUUGUAAAAUGUUAGUGCAGUGUAAAUUUGAUAAUAAACUAAAACAUUCAUUAAAUACAGCU